AUGUCUUCUCAACUCAAUCGAUACUGGAUACCCAAUUUUGACAUCAACAAGAGAGUAAUCACCAAGGAAAUCCAGUACUACCUGGGACCAGAAUCUACGCUGAGGCCAUAUACUCGAGACGGAGAAGAUGGAUAUCUGAUUAGCACACCUGGAGAGUGCCUGACGGAUGAGCAGAUAGACGAUAUCUGUAUUAAGUCAAAAGAACUCUGGGAAAAGCAGGCGGCGGCUCGAGCAAAGAAAGAGUCAGACAAGCAACUGAAGCGACCGCUACAUCAACCAGUCGUCAUCUCGAGAGGCUCAAAAUCGCGUUCAUCAAGAUCUCAACGUCCAGAUCACAAAAGCUCUUGA